UUUAUCUGGAACUUGCGUCUCCGCUAUUUAUGUGUCGAUUUCCACCCCUCCUGUCUCCUUUUUUAGCCAUGAUAGAUCCCGAGUUGUAUUUAUUUAUAUCUACGGAUGUGCCCAUAGGGAAGUAAAUCGCCGUGGUUAUUUCAAUGGCGGCAUUGUUUUGAUUGAAGAUCCAUCAUUUUGUAGGUUCCUGCGACGGGGGAUCAUGAGGGGAUCUCGAACCGAUCCUGUGGACAUCAACUCUGAUGGAAGCACUGACAGUAGCUCUGAUGAACACUCGAAUAGCAGCUCAGAUGGGUGUGCUGAUAGCUCCUCUGAUGAAGGAAUGCGUAUGAGCUCCGAUGAAGUGAUGUACAUCAGCUCUGAUGAAGGAAGGCACAUAAGCUCUGAUGAAGGCGGGGACACCAGCUCAGAUGAAAGCGUAUACACCAGCUCUGAUGAAGGUGUAUACACGAGCUCUGACGAAGAUUCAUACAGGAGCUUUGAUGGAGGUGCACAUACCACCUCUUCUAAAGGAGUGCAUAAGCGGAUGAAGGUAAAGAAGCCUUGGAAGGUAUGCAUGUCCGUGUGUGACUGUCCUAAACAUUACACAGUUGGUAAGCGUUGCUUGCUCAUGAUUAACUGA